GUCCCCGGGUGUCCCAGGUGAAGGGUGGCUCCACCUCGUCCCUCCCCUCGGCGCCUUCCUGCCUUCCUUGUGCCUGUCACUGGGGAUUAACGCAGGGACAGCCCCGGGCUUGGGGACAGGGACGGGGACAGGGCCACCAGCCACCUCCUCUGGAUGUAGGAGGCCUCGGCCGGCUGGGGAGGACCGAGGGCGACAUCCCCCAUCGCUGCGGUGGGUGAGGACGGGGACCCCCCCGCGCCCCGCCAGCCCUUGGGGGCACCAUGAAGGACCGGCUGGAGCAGCUCAAGGCGAAGCAGGACGCGGACGAUGACACCGAGGAGCUGGAGAUCGCCGUCGACAACACGGCGUUCAUGGACGAGUUCUUCUCGGAGAUCGAGGAGACCCGGCAAAACAUCGACAAGAUCUCGGAGAACGUGGAGGAGGCCAAGAAGCUCUACAGCAUCAUCCUCUCGGCCCCCAUCCCUGAGCAGAAGACCAAAGAUGAUCUGGAGCAGCUGACGGCGGAGAUCAAGAAAAUGGCCAACAGCGUCCGCAACAAGCUGAAGAGCAUGGAGAGGAACAUCGAGCAGGAUGAGGCACGGUCCUCCGCCGACCUGCGGAUACGCAAGUCCCAGCACUCGGUCCUGUCCCGCAAGUUCGUUGACGUCAUGACCAAAUACAACGAGGCGCAGGUCGACUUCCGGGAGCGCAGCAAGGGCCGGAUCCAGCGCCAGCUCGAGAUCACCGGCAAGAACACGACGGACGAGGAACUGGAGGAGAUGCUGGAGAGCGGGAACCCCUCCAUCUUCACCUCGGGGAUCAUGGACUCGCAGAUCUCGAAGCAGGCGCUGAGUGAGAUCGAGGGGCGGCACAAGGACAUCGUGCGGUUGGAGAGCAGCAUCAAGGAGCUCCACGACAUGUUCGUGGACAUCGCCAUGCUGGUGGAGAACCAGGGAGCCAUGAUCGACCGCAUAGAGAACAACAUGGACCAGUCCGUCGGCUUCGUGGAGCGAGCCGUGGCCGACACCAAAAAGGCCGUGAAGUACCAAAGUGAGGCCAGGAGGACGCUUCCGACUGUCCCAGCGGCGACGUCUCCCAUGGGACCCUCUCCGGCACCGCGGCCUGGCCCCCCCUUCUCCCCGCUUCUCCCGGACUUGCUGCCCUCAGCCCCCACGUACCGGGUCCCCCCCCGGGCUCGGCACCGCUGCCUCUCCCUCCACCAAGGGACCCCCUUUGCCGGAGCGUUCUCCCCUGCCAGACCACUCCCUGCAGCCCCCGCUGUCCUGCCGGUCCCUGGGGGUCUGUCCUCCUUGUCUUUGUGUCCCCGACACGGGAAGGGGACAGGACUCAACUAUUUAUUUUCCCUUUGCUGAUAAAUCAACUUCUCCUGGUCCCCCAUCUCUUGCUGGGGGCCGUGUCGGCACCGCAGGGGAUGCGGCAGCCGGUGCCACGACCCCGGCGAGAGGAAACGAGGUGAUUCGGUGGGGGGAGUCGAGGGCUGGACCCUCAUGGGCGUCCCGGGAGGACGAGGGACAGGGACACGGUUAAGACAAGGGGUUUGGUGGCACCAGCAGCUGCCGGCAGGUCUGGCCACGCUUUGCUGUCUACCGUGCCGCGGCAGACGGAGCUGCCAGGGACCUUGUCCCCUCCUGGCCUUGAUGUCCGCAGCUGGCGCGUCCCCCGACGCCGACCGCCCCGGCGCUGCGGGGAGCUGGGGCGGGAGGACGCGGCGGUUGCGGUUAUUUAAUUCCCGUGCCAAUAAAGAUCCCUGCUGAUGCCCGCCCUGCGCCUCUCCUCUCCGCGCGCAACACGAUGCCGGGGUGCUGCGGGGACAAGCGGGGUGCUGGCACCCCAGAAACCCGAAGCGGGGGGGCUGCUGCCCCCAGGCUGAGCACAGCUCUGGCUCAGCUUGCGGCAGCCGCAACAUUGUGGCUGGGCUGGUGGCUUUGGCAGAGGACGUGGCGUCUGGGACCGGCCCCGGGUUUUGGGUGCUGUAGCGAAGCAGCCCCUCGGGGUGGAGAUGUGACAGGGGAGCGUGGGGCUGGGGACACCCCAAAACCCCACGGACUCUGUCAGGCUGGGUCAGACCACCUUCCCCAUCCCCCCGCGGUUUUGGGUAAGUCACAGCGAUGGGGACGCGUCCCCCCGGUGCUUGGCCACUGUCCGAGGGUGACGCCGGCGCA